AUGGAACAGGAGAAUAUUGAUCCCUAUGAAGAGUUUUAUUUAAAUAGCAUUUCGGCUGAGCAAAAUAAGAGGAAGGAUGAACUUAGUCAAGUUCAGACGGAACACCUGUAUUAUCGAAGCUUAGAACCCGAGAAGUUCCCAGCCCUACAGUCAAUUGAUAUAAGUGAAUCAUCCAAGGGAAUCACCAGGAAAAGAGGAGUAGAUGACAAUCUAAAAUCUUCUUGUCCAUCAGAAAAUGAUGGUAAAAAAAAGAGAAUGGGGUAA